AUGAGUUCGAAGUUUGAGUAUUAUCAGGACUGGCAAGUUCUCGCCGCCUUUGGAGUUUUUCUUGUGUUUCUGACUUUAUCAUCGUACUCGUCCGGAUUCUCCGAGCUCUCAGCUCUUAGAGAUUUCGGGAGUGCUAGAAAGAAGAUUUUAAGAAGAGCGAGCUUGCCUAGCUUGAAAGCAUCUGAAAGCAUCAGAAGCAUAAAAUCAAACGAAGAAGACCUCGUCAUCACCACUCCAUCAGAAGAGUUACUCGAACACGGCCACGUGAUCAGCUUCACGAUAAGAUAUGAUCAUCGUCUUGGCAUUCUGACGGUUCAUCUUCGAACCAUCUACGGGAUUGCCCUAACAACUCCUUCGACUAUUUUUUAUGUCAAAACAUAUCUUCUUCCAGACAAAAGUAAAGGGGCAAAACGAAAGGCUACUUGCUCUCGAGAUGGGUCCAUUGGUACCCACUUCAAAUAUCACGUGUCAGAGACAGAAUUGGCACUCCGUGUCUUGCAUAUUUCUCUCUGGCGGUCUUCCAUUCUGACUAAAAGCAGGUGCAUCGCUGAGGCGGGGCUGAACAUGACAACUUGGGACUGGAAAGAUUUGUCGAUCAGACACGAGCCACUCAACCCCGUCGAAAAAAUUUUGAACAAUAUCACAACUUCCUCCUCUUACGAUAUUCUUCUUCAACCCUUCCACGGAGAGCUUGAUUUCAAAAUUUUAUACGAAGACAAGACGAAAAUCAUGAGAGUUCAUGUGGAGCAAGCCCGGCACCUGAUUCCCCCUCAAAAUGACAGUGGAAGCCUUCUGCAGAUUAUAAAUGUGAAACUGUGUCCAGGAACUGCGAAGUUUCGCGCUCAAAGCACUGGAAAUGAACCAACCGACCCAAUUUUUGAUAAAUCCUUUGCUUUUCUCUGGACGGCGAAAUCGAGGGGAAUUCAAAUUGGAGUGAUAAAUCAGACGGAUAGAGGAGCAAACACAGAAGUGGGAUUUAUUCAACUUAUGCGAAAUGAAACGAGAUCGAAGAAAUCAGUCAUCCAAAAAGCGCUGGAAAACCCAUACGAGUGGAUUUCGGAUAAGAAGGCGAUAAUUGUUAGACCAAAACCUGUUCGAGUUAAAUAA